AUGUCUUCUAUCGUUGUAUCAACGACCACAGCGCCUUAUCCCACAGAGCUGGAACGCUUGCCAAUAUCCACCUCCGUUUCCCUAACCACAGAUGCUUCUGGACCUCAAACCUCCUCUGGAUCUCAGGCCAACACCCAGUCCACCCGUGGGCCUAGUCUCAAACAGCGCGCUCUCACUGCAGUUUUCGUUCUGGCACCAGUCAGCAUAGUGCUGAUGCUGGUUGCCAUCUUCGUCGUGAUCCGAAGACGCAAACAGGCCCGCCGCUCAAUAUCAAGUUUUGCAGGCGUGAAGGGUUGGAAUAGAAGCUCAAUGGCUUUGGCGGAACCUGCACCAGUGAGGGGGGAUGUAGAACAGCAGUUUCCGCCGCGGGUUGUGGACCAGGUUAGAGGGGGAAGGUUCAGUUUGUUCCCAAAACCACCGACAUUCCCGGCACCAGUUCGGAGAUCAUCGACGGUAAUCACUACCAUGGAACCUAAGAAGGUGCUCCCGGAGGUGCCGCCGAUGUCACAGCAUCGUCCAAUCACAAGGAUCUCGGAAGUCUCGGAGACAGUGUCACCAACUAGGGAUAUAGGGACAUUUCAGACGAUGGAUUCGGAACUGCAAAGAGCGUUUUUGGAGGUCCGACAGGGGUUUCGACCAAACUCGCCGAGGUCUAGUGCAAGGACGUCGAUGGAUUGGAGUAUGAUGAUCGAUAUAUCCCAGAGCAGUAACACCGGAAGUCGGAGAGACUCGGAAUUUUCAUCAAAAGCCGGCAGCAAGACUGAUACGCGGUUUUCGUGGCAAUAA